CGCAAGAAAAGGCACGAUACAGGUUUCCCAGACUUUUCACAGAAGAUUAGCCCUGGCAGGUAGGAAUGAUUCAUACAGACCACAGUCAACCACCCGAUCAUCAAAAACAAUGUACGUCGAUGUGACCCGAUGCAGAUGCAUGUUGAUCUGACGCGAUCCAGAUGUGGUCUGCCAUCACUAAGAAUCCUCGUUCUCCUCCUCCUCCUCCUCCUUAUCAUCAUCAUCAUCGUGAACGGCUUCUUCUUCUUCUGUUCUCCUUCUUAUAGGACGUCCGCCAUGCGACCAUCAGAGGCAAGAGAUGAUGAUUAUGAUGAUGAUGAUGAAGCGAUGGUGGAUGAUGAUGAUGAUGGUGAAGCGAUGGUGGAUGAUGAUGAUGAUGGUGAAGCGAUGGUGGAUGAGGAUGAUCAUGAUGAAACGAUGGUGGAUGAUGAUGAUGAUGAUGAUGGUGAAACAAUGGCGGCCAUGACCACCGAGUUUCGCGCUAUGUUGGACCGCUUCGUUUUGGUCUACUUAGACGACAUCCUCGUCUAUAGCCGAACUCCAGAGGAGCAUCUCGAGCACCUUCGCCGUGUUCUAGAGACUCUUCGGUCAGCCCGGUACAAAGCUAACCGCGACAAAUGCGAGUUCGUCCGGCAAGAGCUUGAAUACUUGGGUCAUUUUGUCUUUCCGGAAGGCAUUCGUUCGUUGGUGGACAAGAUUCAAGCCAUCCAGGAGUGGCCCGAGCCGAAGAAUGUGACUGACGUCCGAUCCUUCCUCGRCUUGGCUGGUUAUUAUCAGCGCUUCAUCAAGGGUUACUCGAAGAUCGCGGCCAACCUAAGCAAGUUACAAAGUGAGGAGCGACCUUUUGACUUCGACGACGACGUGCACCAUUCUUUUGAGACACUCAAAGCGGCACUCUUGUCCGCCGAGGUGUUACAUAUUUACGACCCGCUUCUAGCUACGCGUGUCAUUACCGAUGCGUCGGGCUAUGGCAUUGGGGUCGUCCUUGAGCAGCACGAUGGCACGGACUGGCACCCGGUCGAGUACUUUAGCAAGAAAGUACCUCCGAUCAAGGCCAUGGACCGGAAGGCGGGAGAAUCCCUCCUAGCCUAUGAGGAACGCCUGGCGGCAUUCAUUCAGGAGGCCAACGAUAGGGUCGCCGUCGCUGCCAAGGAACGUAAUCGGCUCGAACAAGAAGAGGAGGUCAAGCGACAGAAGGAGGAACAGGACCGACUUCGUCAAGAAGAGGCAGACCUGCAGGCGGCAGCCGAACACCGGUCACGCCAGCGGGAACGACUUUUCACGCGGGAGACCGUGAUCGGCGAUGAGGCCGCACAUUGGGUGGAAAUGACAUCUGCAGACGGGGCCCCGAAGACUGAGAAAGGGUUGUCAGCCCUUGCGCAGGUCUCCCACGACCUCGUGGCCACUUGCGCUCUGCAGCAGGAGGAAAUCCUUCACCUGCAGCAAACAGUGGACCAGUUGAUCGCACGGCUGCAGGCGUUGGAGAAACAGCUAGCUGCUGUAGCAGCCGCAGGGCCUUCCACCCUUACCACCCGUGUGCAAGUUUUGGAGGAUGACGUCAGCAACAUCAAGCGUGUGCAUCAGGACUUCCGAACGUCGCAGCAAGCAACGAACUUGCAGUUGGAGACGCAGGUCCAAGCUGCUGCCACCGUAACGCCCGCCACCGCAUCCUCCCGGCGCCCACCCAAGCUGGAUGACAUUCCUGUCUUCUGCGAUCAGUCCAAGACGGAACCGAUCCCGUGGUGGCGUCAGUUUACUCUCAGGCUCGGCAUGCACUAUGUCCCGAACAACGAUCGACAUCCGUGCUUGUACCACCGAUCUGGUGGUGCGUGUCAAGAAUGGCUGGACAACAUCUUGACCAGCCACGGCGUAGCAGUGUCGGAACUGCACACCAAGCUCACUUGGCAGGAGUUGACCGACGCCUGGCACAAGCGAUUCCAAGUGGAGCCGCCUGACCUGCAAGCGAUGGACAAGCUCAACAAGCUCCAUCAGAACACGCUGCUCAGUCAGGACUGGAUUACCGAGUUCCAAACACUCGCCUCCACACCUGACCUGCUGCUCGCAUUCCGCGCCAUCAAGCACUUGUUUAUCAUGCGCUCGUGUCCAGCUCUGCAAAACGCGCUGACGCAGAUUGCAGAGACACUCGACACAUCUGACAAGCUUUUCAGCACAGCGUCAUGGAUCAUUCUCACAAAUAUCGAAGCCCGCAACGCCGGCCGAUCUUCCGCGACGACAAGCGGCACCCAGCCUAAGCCAAAGGUGGCUUGCAUUACUUCUACCGAGGCUGCAACACCAAACGAGGGUGAAGUGUUGGCAGCUGCCCGGGAUGGUGGCCGGCCGCGCAACAACCACGGCCGCGACAAGACGAAGACUCAGUCCACCUCUACACCGAGCACCGGAUCAGCCGCCGACAAACCUUGGGCACAAUACGGACUCUCGGCGAAUUCUUAUCACACGAGACUUAAGUACCGUUACUGCCUUUGGUGCAACAGCACCAUCCACGAUGCUGCACAUUGCCCCACCAAAGGGAAACCCCGUCAGGGAAAGUAGGCGCCGCCGAGGGUGACUCGACACCUCCCUCGACGCCAUCGGAAGC